CUCCCAUGAUUUAUAUGUCAUUAUACCAUUCAGACCUAUAUCUCUACCAAAAUAUCACAGCAUCGCAAGACUUGUUGUUCCAAUAGCUAGAACCAACAAAUACUCAACAUGGCUACGCAUGGGAAAGACGAUCGUGUUGGUCGAUCUUCUUCGCUCUACCCAAGAUUACACCUGUUGCAAAUGCCGUUGGAGGUUCACUUCAAAAUCUUCUGUGAGCUAUGGGAAGAUCGGGACUUUGACCUCCUCAUGGUCAUUAAAGAUUACGAAGACAGACACAAUGACGAAAAUCCCAUCACUCUCGCCUCUAUUGCCUUUGUCCACUUCUCCAAUCGCCCAAACACACAUUGGCCGAAUGAAAAGAUACCUUGGGACAGAUAUGCUCCAUGCCUCAUCAAAACGGAGAUUCUUUGGUUCAAUCGGCGGAUACAUGGAGGCACUCGCAGCAACAAGAAUUAUUUUAACGUUUUCAACUUGAUGAUAUGUUGCAAACAGCUGUGGGAAGAAGGAAGUCUUGCAUACUGGCGCUUCAAGCAGCUGCAAAUUACGAUUUCCAGAGAAUUCGGAGAAAUCCCACUGGGUGACGAAGAAGAAUUUUCUAUGGCUCAAUGCACAAACAGCAAACUCUUGGGUGGCGUCAUUGGAGAGAGCGUUAGAAACUUGACACUGCGAUUCGACGAUAAAGUGUUGAACUGCCGUGUAACCCGUUGCGAGACUUUACCGGGCGUGAUGAACUGCAAGCGCCAUGCCGACGCCACUUUUAUGCCAAAACUUCAAUGGGCUCGAGACACCAUCAUGAAAGCCCUUGGGCUCUUUACCAAUGUCACAAGUCUAGUACUACUUAUCGAAAACAACCGUAUAUUCGACUUAUAUAACAACCUUGGAAUCUUUGGCGAAAUCAUGGACUACAUUAAAGAGGAGAGGCCCAUGAUCAAAGUAGUACGAAUCAAAGGAGGUCAAUGCGAGGAUCUUGUGAAGAAGUGGCAUCUUGAGCUUGAUGCUUCUGUGUCGGGGACCACCUGGUCCAUGAACCCUUGCGUUCCCACAUGUCAAUCGAAGAAAUAUAGCGACCAUGCAGACAAAUUCGAUGUGACACCGCGAGAAGUUGACCUGCGUCCAGAUUUUUCUUGAAAUCAGUUAUGCCUUUAAGAUGUGUGAGGAUACUGUGGAGGUCAUUUAGAGAUCGCAAAGCAAGGGGUUAGAUACGGCUAUAUGUGCUAAUGUGUGCUGCUAUUAUUCUACUGCUUCUACUGCUGCUAGCCGGAGGUUCUUAUACUGAGACCAAGCCAAAUUCCAGAAUGAUAUUAUUUACAACGCUGUCUGCCUUGCAUAAAUUUACAUAAGCUAUGAACCAG